AACUUUGACCAUAUUUAUCAAGAAAAAAAUUAAUUGACAUCAAUAUGUAAAUACUUUGAUAAUUCAUUUAUUGAAAACCAAAACCUAGUGCCAUUGUGCCAACACAACCUAUCAAUUAUCCAAUAAACACAAACACAUAUCACGUCACCAUCACCUUCCAACUUCCAAGUAGUCUCUUUUUAUAUUCAUCAUCACUCAUUUAUCAAGUCUUCCUCAUAUAAAAACAUAUGAUCUCAUCUACUUAUUUCCAACUCUUCCUCCCUUUCCAAAAACAAACACCAAAUUCUCUCUCUCCUUUCCGAUUAUCACCUUCAUUAUCAAUUUAAUUAUAUAAUUAGUGGUUGUUAAUCAAUCAUUUAAUCACAUGACCACCUCACAACAAUGCUCUUCUUCCCUACUCCUCUCCCUCUUAACCGAUGACCUCCUCGCUCACAUCCACUCCCUCCUCCUCGACCCCGCCCACCGGAACUCGUUCCGCCUUGUCUGCCGCACCUUCCACCGGAUCAACUCACUGAGUCAAACCCACCUCCGCCCUCUCCACCCCUCCAUCCUCCUCUCUCUCCUCCCUAAACUCCCCUCCCUACACACCCUCGACCUCUCCUUAUGCCCCCGCAUCGAUGACUCCCUUGCAUUCACCAUCUCCCCGCUUAUACGCGAUCGAGUAACAACCCUCUCCCUUAGCCGAGCGUCGGGGCUUACCCCUGUAGGGCUCGAGGCUCUCGCACGAUCUUGCGAGAGACUUGAGUCCCUCGACGUGUCAUACUUGUGCAAGAGGUUCGGAGAUAAAGCGGCCCUCGCAGUGUCAUGCGCGAAGGGGUUAAAGGAGUUAAAGUUGGAUAAGUGCUUAUGCUUCGGCGAUGUGGGAUUGGCGCACAUUGCGGUUGGAUGCGCGAGUUUAGAGAGAGUAAGCUUGAAAUGGUGCUUAGAGAUUACUGAUCUUGGGAUUGGUCUUCUUGCUACCAAGUGCUCCGGCUUGAAAUUCCUUGAUUUAUCUUCUCUCAAGAUUACGAGUCAAUCGUUGCAUUCGCUUGCAGCAUUGCAAAAGUUGGAGAGUUUGGUUAUGGUGGGUUGUGGUUUGGUGGAUGAUUAUGGGUUGCAUUCGCUUGGUAAUGGCUGCCCUUCACUUAAGGUAGUAGAUAUGUCAAGGUGUGAUGGUAUUACUUCUGCUGGAUUAUGCUCAGUAGCUAAAGGACACCGUCAACUGCAGCAGCUAAAUGCAAGCCAUUGUAUGGUCGAUCUCACCUCUGAUCUUCUUUGUGCAUUGAAGAACUUAAAGUGUCUAACUGUCUUUAAAGCUGAUGGAGCUCGUGUUUCUAAAGCUACUAUCCUAAGCAUUACCAAAAACUGCACUUCUCUUGUCGAAAUUGGGUUAAGUAAAUGUAUUGGUCUUAGAGACAUUUACAUAAAACAGCUUGUAACAGGAUGCUGUAACUUGAGAAUCCUUAAUCUUUCCUGCUGUGAUACUGUUACUGAUGACGCGAUAGCAGCAAUCGCAAACUCGUGCAGAAAACUGCAGUGCCUGAAGUUAGAGUCUUGUGCUUCUGUAACUGAAAAAAAUUUUCAACUACUUGGCUCUUCCUGUGUUCUUAUUGAAGAGUUAGAUCUCACUGAUUGCUCUGGCAUAAAUGACACUGCUCUUAGUUUCUUAUCCCGGUGUUUGGAACUUAAAAUCUUAAGACUAGGGCUUUGUGACAACAUAUCAGAACAUGGAUUGUUCUACAUUGCUUCCAACUGUAUGAAGAUCCGUGAACUCGACAUAUACCGGUGUCCUAAUGUUGGAGACGGAGGAAUGGCAGCAUUGUCAAUUGGAUGCAAGAAGUUGAAGAAGCUUAAUGUGUCAUAUUGCAGUAGUUUAACUGAUAAAGGGAUGGAGUACAUCGGUAGACUGGAGGAGUUGAACUCCCUUGAGAUGCGCAGCCUAAUGAAUGUUACCGGUGUUGGAUUGCAAGCCAUUGCGGUUGGGUGCAAGAAGCUGUCAAUGUUGGAUUUAAAGCACUGUGAGAACAUUCAGGAUUCGGGUUUCUGGGCUCUUGCAAACUACUCCAACAAUAUGCGCGAGUUAAACCUUUGCCAUUGUGGCAUCUCAGAUGCAGCCCUAUAUAUAGUGCUGAGUAAACUUACAUGCCUUCAAGAUGCCAAGCUGGUUCACCUUCCUAACGUGUCGGCCAGAGGAUUCGAGCUAGCCCUUAGGGCCUGUUGCAUACAACUAAAAAAGGUCAAGUUGCUUGGCUAUCUUAAAUCCUCCCUUUCGCAUGAGUUAAUUCAGUUUCUUUGGUCUAGAGGAUGUAAAAUUAGAUGGGAUUAGAAAUUUAGAAUAAGUAUUCUUGAUUGAUCUGAUUUUAUUACAAUUGCCCUUUACUUUUAUUGAACAAAAACUUAGUCCAUUGAACUUGUAAAGUAUAAAUAAAUGCGUGCUAGAAAUGAUCUUUGAUCUCCUUAACAAGCGAAGGGUUCGCUUCUUAGCCGCAAUUGUAGAGAUUCUUGUAGUAAUAAGGUGCACUAAAUUCUGUAAACUAUGUGACCUAAAAUGUAACAGUAUGUAGUUAAGAAAUUUGUGGUUUACAAGUCUUUAUUAUUAUUAUUGAAGAUGCCGUAUGGCUAUUCAUUAAUGAAAUUUGUCAAAAAAAAAAAAAAAAAAAAAAAAAAAAAAAAACCAUGUAGUAGUUUCCAAAAACUUGUUUGCUGUUUAAUUGAAACAUUAUUUUCACGUUUUUUUCGCUCACCAUUUCAUAGGCCAUACGAAGUACGAUAUUUGUACAUAUGGAUGAGCUUUGGUAUUAUAAAAUACCCAUAAAUCUAUAACAUAUACUUUAUCCGUGGUACUUAUAAGAAUAAAAGCAAUAUUUAUCAUUUGACAUUUGUAUAGAUAGAUGUAUAGGAAUGAUAAAACGAAUACAGAGUACAUGUGAUUACUACGUACUUUAGAGCCUUAAUUUCUUAUAUUGUACUCGUCUUGUUUUGACCUUUACCGUACCAUAAAAAAAAAAAAAAAAAGUUUCACAAGUAAUAGAAGCUACCGAAAGUUAAUCGAAAGAUGAACACGAAGCCAAUAACAGACCACCAUUCCUAAUUAGGCAAUCA